AGGAUGUCUCCCUUUUUGGUGUUUGCUUUUGUUCAACAGUAAACAGUUUCUAACAUUGUUACUGCAGCAUCUCAGGUGCAAUAUGGGCGAGGAUUUGUGAUUAUGCGUGCAACAGUGGCAGCUGAGGGUCCAAAAUGAGGACAAAAUGUAAAAAAUGAGGACGCAUAACAGAGGUCCGGACAGAAGGCUCUAAAACCGGACUGUUCAGCUGAAAUCCGGACAAAUGGUCACCCUAACUGACGCCAACGUCCUGUCCCCCUCCACCAGGACUAAACACAAGAACCUGGGAGGACAGGGCCUUCUCACCCUUUGGAACUCCCUCCCCAAACACAUCAGAGACUCACCCACACUCCACAUGUUUGAAAAAGCCCUGAAAACCCAUCUCUUUAAAAGCACCUUUAAUUAACUGUCUUUUUCUCUUGUUUGCCUUUGUGUGUCUCUUCAUGUAAAGCUUCUUUGAGUAUCUUAAAAAGUGCUAUUCAAGUGCUAUAUAUCAUUAUUACUAUUAUUAUGUUUAAACAACAAACAACAUCGUACAAAAGCACAGCUACAGUUUAAAAACACAAUUUGGCUUCUCUGCAGCCAGAUAUUCAUAAAAAAGAUAUGAAUGAUUAGCAUUACAGGUCAAAUAUGGACUAAAAUAAAAGGAACAUUAGAAAUCUGUCAAAUAAAAAAGAACAGGGGAAUAAAAGGAUCCAGUAAUUUAAAACAUUAUGACAUUUGUCUUUCAACUGUUUAUUUCUGCAGCGUUUUGGGUUAAAGAGGAAGUGAGUGACAGGAACUGAAAGCGUUGGACUCGAGACCCUGUGGUUUUCAUGAGAAAAGCAUAAAUGCAAUGGAGGAGAGUGAUGUGUUACACAGGAGUGAAGAGUAAGGACUGCGCCACAUCCAAACCAGGACCAGGUCUAAACUACAUCUAGACCAGGACUAAACCAGGACUAGAGCAGGUCUAAAGCAGGUCAAGACCAGGACUUGUGUGAGCACUGACGGAGGCGGGGGUUCUCUGAAUGCGACAAGUUUAAAGCUGCAAAUCUGAAACUCACCACAAGAAAAUGAACUACUACAGCCUGCUUCUACUGUCAGUGUGUGCAGGUGCAUCUGUGGUGGUGGACUUGGGUGAGAACAUCACUCUGAACUGCUCCUACUCAGUCUCUUACUACGGACGUCUGAACAGCUGCUGGUCCAGAGGAGUGCUGCCUAGUUAUGGGAUGUGUGGAGUAAAGACCAUCAUCUCCUCCAAUAGAAGCGGUGUUAUAAAGUCGGUCUCCCAGAGGUACGUCCUGGGAGAACAUCUGGACAAAGGAGACGUGUCCUUGACAAUCCUAAACGUGACGAGGGAGGACGCGGGGACAUAUGGCUGCAGAGUGGACAUUCCCUGGAUAAGUGAUCAGAAACAUCACUUUACUCUUAAGAUACGACAAGAUCGGACCUCGGCUUCUCCUCUGCACACGACCACCGCCUCAGACCAUGUGACCUUCUCGGACCUUGUGACCCCCUCAGACCAUGUGACCCGCGUGGAGCCGAUCUGGACUUCCCCUGGACCCAGACUUGAAGAAGCAAAGACAUCCACUGUGCUCCUGGUAUCGCUGCUCCUCCCUCUGCUCUUCAUCAUCACAGCAACCAUCCUCAUCAUCACAGUGAGGAAAUGGCGUCUCUUUCAGAAAAUGUAAGUUCCUUUUUCUUUUUGCUGACAUUCUUUUUUCUGACUCUGCUCUUUUAUUUUUUUUAAUAAAUUUGACUUUUGGUGGUUUGGGGUCUUCUUCUCAUGACUCAGAUCUGAAGAACAUUUUAUCGCUCAGUUUGAGAGAUGUUUGAUAAUUUCCACUGCUUCUGGUAAAAAGCUUUAAUCAGUUGGAACACCCUGGUAUCUCGUGGCAGAGUGGUUAGACCAGACUGCUUGUUUUAAAUGUCGUGGUUUUUCGUCGGCCUUUGUGCUCUUGUGCAAACUGAAACCACAGACGCCUUGAGAUCUGAACAGGUAGCCUGAGACCUUCACAGAGCACAGAGACUCAAAACCGUGUGAGACUUUACUGACAAUACUGAGUCAGACGUAAACCGACCAUCUUUCCUUAAAGCAGACCUGUUGUGCUUGUGUCUGCUAUAUAAUUAUAAUCUAUGACACCAUUAUGUUAAAAUUUUGACAUUUUAAAUCACAAUAUUGAUCUAAAACAAUUAAAAAACAAAACAAAACAAAAAAACAGAAAUAAAACAGUGGUGCCUAAUGGGAGCUGAUGUCAUCGUAAAUGAAGUCACACAAAAGCACCGCAUGCUGUCAACUUCUCCUUUGGAUAGCUGCAGAUCACACUAGUAUCAGACUUUUUUUCAUUUGUACCAAAAUAACUUCAUAGUGCUGCCAAAUCCUACGCGGAUCACAAAUUAAAAAAAUAAAACUGGAAAAUAAAUUGGUGAAAAUGUGGGGGUAGAUUGGUGCUUCUAUCUUCUAUCUUAAAUACAGGAGAGUAAAGAUUACUCAAACAUGCACAAAUCACAAAAAAUAGAAAGUACAUGAGAAGAGAAUAAUUAUAACAAGCUCUAAAAAGCCAAUUUACAGACAAAUACAGGGUUCCCACUCUUUUACACUGACAAAAUUUCACUUUUUCAUGACCUGAAGUGAAUUUUCCAUGACUUUACGGCACCUACAUGUGUAGAAUUGAUCAGGCUUUUAGAGGUAAAUAUGAAAUGUUAACCCUUUCCACUCACCUUAUGGUUUGGUAUUAUAGUUUUUUAACAUUCAAAAUACUGUGCAUUUAUUGUCAUCUCUUUUAAACAAA